UUGUAAAAGUCGAUAAAUGGCCGCGUGCGUCACACCACUGCGCAAUCAAGCACGGAAAUAAAAUAACAGCUGUUCUACAAUAUUCGCUCGGGCAACUCAGGCAGCAGCUGUACCACGCAGCCGUUUUCCUUGGGAUCGCGAUUGUUUGGACGUUGCUUUCUCAUUGUUGUAAUAAUCACCGUGUAGUUUGGACUGUUCUUUCGCUCAUUUUUCAUCGUUUAUUACUGUGCAAGUAAAUACAGUAUUGGCGUUUGAAGUGUGUGAAUCAUAAAUCCGUAAGCUACACUGGCGCUAUGUUUACCAAAAUUCCUCGUUCGUUGUUGUUGUGACUCAAGUUGAAAUGCCUCGUGAAUACGUGGACCGCGAGGAGAGUUCCGCAGUGUUAUGUUAAUAGAAUCUCUUUUAGAUAGUGAUUUUAGUAAAAUUAGUUCUUGACAAUGUCUAACACGGUUCCGACCAGUUCUGCACUGAGGGCUUUGGCCUUAGAAUAUAAGAGUCUGCAAGAGGAGCCCGUGGAAGGGUUCCGAGUGAAACUUUUAGGGGAGGACAAUCUAUUUGAAUGGGAAGUUGCAAUUUUCGGUCCUCCAGACACGUUAUAUCAAGGUGGAUAUUUCAAGGCACAUAUGAAAUUCCCGCCAGACUAUCCUUAUUCACCACCUUCCAUUAGAUUUUUAACAAAAGUAUGGCAUCCAAAUGUAUAUGAGAAUGGUGACCUCUGCAUAUCGAUCCUGCACCCGCCGGUUGACGACCCACAAUCGGGCGAGCUACCGUGCGAACGUUGGAACCCUACGCAGUCGGUGCGCACCGUGCUGCUCUCCGUGAUCUCACUACUCAACGAGCCCAACACCUUCAGCCCAGCCAACGUCGACGCCAGCGUCAUGUACCGCCGCUGGCGCGACUCCAAAGGCAAAGAUAAGGAAUAUGAGAAUAUUAUCAGAAAGCAGGCCCAGGUGGCUCGCACGGAGGCGGAGAAAGAGGGCAUAGUUGUACCACUUACAUUAGAAGAUUAUUGCAUUAAGACUCAAGUCAAAUCGACGACGCAGGAGCCUCAGCUGGACAUGACAGACUUCUACGACGACGACUAUGACGACCUCGACACAGACUCUGAGGAGGAAGUGGACGGAGGAGAUGGGGACGGAGACGACAGUGGCAACGGCGAGUCUGGUCCAAAAUCCGUAAGCUGCCCAUUGAUAUGCUUACCGCCAGUGUCUGGCACGGCUGACGUGUUUUUCCAACAAGUUUUGGGACUUGCUGCUAGGGGGGUUCGAGUCAUUGCUGCUGAACCUCCACCAUAUUGGAACAUGAAAGAAUGGUGUGACGGUUUCAAAAGACUCAUCGACUACCUAGAACUUGACAAAGUACAUGUUUUUGGAGCAUCUUUAGGUGGAUUUAUAGCACAGAAGUUUGCAGAAUUAACAAGCAACUGUCCUCGAGUUGCAUCCCUUGUGCUUUGUAACACAUUCACUGACACAUCCGUGUUUGAGUACCAUGACUCUGCAGCACUCUUCUGGCUCCUACCUUCCUUGGUAUUAAAAAGAAUGCUCAUGGGAAACUUCACAACUGACAAAUUGGACAAAAGAAUGGCUGAAGCUAUUGACUUCAUGGUUGAAAGACUUGAAUCUUUAAACCAGUCAGAGUUAGCAUCAAGAUUGACCCUGAACUGCACACCAUGUUACAUCAAACCUCAAGCUUUACUUCAUCUGCCCAUCACAGUAAUGGAUGUUUGGGAUGAAUGUGCCUUAAGCUCUAGAGUUCGUGAGGAUCUGUACAAAUCAUACCCACACGCAAAAUUAGCCCAUUUAAAAAGUGGCGGCAACUUCCCUUACUUGAGUAGAAGUGAUGAGGUCAACCUUCAUUUACUAAUUCAUUUACGACAAUUCGACGGCACAGACUUAUCGGCGUCGUAUAUCAGUUUGCACAAAAUGCCGGCAUCUACAAACCAACCAGAGGAAGGUACAGUCAGUUACUUCAACCAGAGAGAAAAAGUCGUGAAGAUAUCAUAAGGACGUGCAUGCUGAACACCUGUUUAU